AUGGAUCUAGGACAGUAUAUACUUCUUUGCCUUUGUGCAGUGAGUGCAAUUGUUUGGGGAUGUCCACAGCAUUGCCACUGCAGGAACAGCCAAAUUCUGUGUCAAGGCCAUGAAAUUCAAGAUUUUCCAUCCACUAUCCCUACAACUACAAGUGCUAUAUAUAUUUCAAAUGCAAGUGUUUCUUUACUGAAACCAACUGAUGUUGAUGCUUUUUCCAGUGCUCUUACAAUAUUUGUUGUACGGGACUCUAGAAUAAGUAAGGUUCUACCCAAUACAUUUGACAAGACACACAACCUUAUUGCUUUAGGGUUUACAGGAACUGAGUUGUUUUCUCUACCAGAGGACUUAUUUCAAAAUCUGCAAUCACUUACGUCCCUCACACUGAGCAACAACAAAUUAAAAGAACUCCCUUUGUCUCUGCUUAGCCCGCUUAAAACUUUGAAGAGCUUAGACUUAAGCAAAAACAAUCUUACGUCUGUUCCAGAAAAGGCAUUUGAGGGUCUUAUUCACUUGGAAAUGCUCAUGCUACAGAAAAAUAACAUUAAAGAAAUAUACAGGGGAACUUUCUGUGGACUUAGAAACCUUAAAUUAUUGUUCCUUCAUGAGAACUCUCUAAAAGGGAUGCCAGCCAACAUUUUUGAGGACCUGAUUAACCUUGAGACUUUGCAUUUGCAGAACAAUGUAAUUAUACAUUUGUCACCAGACAUAUUCACACAUCAACUAAAGCUACAGAAGCUUUAUCUCUCCAAUAAUCAAUUAUCUAAACUUCCUGAAGGCAUCUUUUUGAAUCUUCACAGUCUGCGGCAAAUCUCACUUUAUGACAACCAGCUUCAGACUCUGUCUUGUAAGACCUUUGGACCAAUGCCCCUAAAGGACCUGUGGCUGUAUGACAACAUGUUAACCCAGCUUGAGGAAAAUGUGUUCAGUAAUUUAACCCAGAUACGCCUUUUGGUGCUCAGCAGAAACCAGAUCUCCCAUGUGUCCCCUGGUGCCUUUAAUGGAUUGCAUGAGCUGAAAGAAAUUUCUCUGCACACCAACCGUCUGAUGAGGCUUGAGGAAGGAUUGUUCAGAGGCCUUCCUAAGUUAGUCAACAUAUCCUUAGAAAAUAAUCAAAUUCAUUAUCUUCCAGGAAGAUUUCUUGAUGGUAUUUCCUACUUAUAUCAGCUGGAGCUUCAAAAUAACUCUCUAUCAUAUUUACCACAGGAGCUUUUAAACUCACUAACCAAGGUUGACAGAGUAGUGCUUACUGAGAAUCCCUGGCGAUGUGACAGUGACAUCAUACCACUUCGAGACUGGUUGAGAAAGAACUCAGAUAAAGUCAAGAAUGUCUCAUCACUUGUGUGCUUUAGUCCCUCACACCUGACUAAUAUCAGCAUAAUAAACCUUGAUGACUCCUUUGGUGGUCAAAAAGAUAAUGCAAUAUCUAAAAUGAGCCACAUCAUCAUUAUUGCUGUAGUCUGCACUUCAGUAAUUGUUGGUAUCAUCAUAUGUGUCUGUUGGAGGAAGAGCAAACAGGGCAGUGGAGCCUUACAUCAUCAACAACGUCCAAACUCAACUGUCUAA